AUGGGCAAGCAGUCCAAGUCAAACGCCAAGAAGGAGCAGCGCAAACUCACCCAAAGGCGCCGCGCGGCGCUCGAGGAGCGCCUGCGCGCGCCGCGGGCGCUGCAGGACUGCGGCGCCGGCUUCCUCCAGCCCGCGCUGCUGCGCGUCGGCGACCUGGAGAUCAGCUUUGAACGGACCCUGUCGAAGCCGGACCUCGCGGCCUGUUUUGAUAUCCUGGAAGAUAACAUGAAGGAGCAGUACGAGGUGAACCCGUGGGGCUGGGAUCCCAAAAUGAAGCGGGCCGAGCUCGCCAACGACGAGGCGCGCUUCGUGUUGGUCCGGGAUAAUGAUAGGGUGGUCGCGUUCGCGCACUUCCGGUUCGAAUUAGACGACGACGACGCGCCCGAGCGCGCGGUGCUCUACGUGCGGGAGCUGCAGGUCGCGGAGGCGCGUCGGGGAUCUGGUAUCGGGCGGCGCGUCAUGGGCCUGCUCCAGCUCGUCGGGGCCAAACUCGAGCUCGACUGCGUGCUCCUGACGGUCUUCGAGUCCAACAAGGGCGCGUUGGCCUUCUACGAGGCGAAGCUCAAGUACGGUCUCGAUAGGGACGACCCGUCGCUCUUCGGGCGGGAGGAGUGCUACCGGCUCCUUUCCAAAUCUCUGCCCAAACCCAAACCCCUCGGGGAGGCCAACUAAUUUAACACUCGGGGCGACGGCGUACUAGGGUGCGAUUUACGUGGAAAAAACGCGUAAGUUACACGUAAAGCACCGCUACAGGAGAUCCCACGUAAAAAACGGCGUAAAAAAGGAGGUAUCCAAAAGUCCUUCCAGGGCUCUUCCCGAAGCCGGCGCUAGCGGCCCUCUAAGACUCUAGCUCGCGAUCAGCAGCUCGCAGAGUGUGGCUGCCCCUAACGUUGUCAGAGCCGAGCCAAUUGCUAGUUGCAUGCUGUUGCGAGCAAGGUGUGCACUCUAGCCUAGUAGGUGUGCGCUUAUGCGCCGUGCUCGUGCUUUAGGCGCUCUGGCGCGUGUGUGCGGGUUUUAUAAAUAAAUGCACGCGUAAAUUACGGCGUAAAUGACGCUGGACCGUUUCUCACGUAAAGAACGCCGUGCGUAAAUCGCACCCUAGACGGCGUACGAGGGCGGGGGCGGGGCGGGCGUUCGGUCACGCAGCCCCGCGGCGGUCGUGGGACUCGUGGCGGCUAGGCGCCUAGCUCUGAGCAAAGCAAUUUAAACAAUGGCGCACGACGCCGGGGGCUCCUCGCGUAGGACCUGCUCCUUCGAGUGCAGCGCCGCGUCCGGCGACCGGUACCGCUCGUGGAUCGCGUCGAUCGCGUCCAGCAGCUCCCGGGGCAGCGCCUCGAGCUUGAACGCCCUGAUCGCUUCCUCGCACUGCUGGACCGUCGUCGUGCCCGUGACGACGACGGCGUUGUAGGGGCGGUCGCGGCACCAGGCCAGCGCAAGAGAGGGGAGGCCCGGUCGUAUCUCCGCGUCCCGGCGUGUGGAGGCGGUUUCACUUCAUGCAAACGCGUCGUUUCCAGGAAUGAUGGACGUGGGUGGUUUCUUUUUUGAUUUCGGGCGCGUUUUGACUUGUCGGAGACGUUUUCUCGAAGCUACUGGUGAAACGUCGAGAACGGCGCCCGAGCGCGGCCGCUGCGGCGCGCGGCGCCGCGGCGGACGCCAGCCGACGCCUGCACGCCGUCGCCGCGCUCCAGGACGCCUAGGGCAGCCGCGCGGGCCUCGAGCGGUGCCGAGGCGGCCGCGGACAGGAGCGGUCGGCGUCGUGGCGGUGCGCAGCGCUCGGAUGCCGUCGCGCGGCAGUGAACGGUCCACCCCUACGCCAUCGGCGCGACGCGUGCGACGUAGCACCACGCCCCAGGCUGUGCUGCUGCAGAGGCAUGCAGUCCCGUGCGGCGCUACUGGUCAAACAGAGCGGUCGCUGGCAUCGAUGCGACGUCCUGCCCGCACCGCUUCGGUUGAGUGGUGAUCGAUGCGGCUCGGCUGGCUCGAUUGCUCUCUGCUGCUGUCUGCCUCAAAUGUUGAUGCGAGAGCCGCAACAUUUCGUUUCUCUCGAUUCAGUCUAAAACUCGACCAACGCACGCGGCAUGGGCCGCAUCGAUGCGCGCUGAGUCUAAAACGCGCCGCCGUCGCGCGGAGCCUCAGUUGCACACCACUCUUGGCUGGCACUGCUGCAGCCCUGAGCGCCGCGGGCCUGCGGGGACACAAGUGACGCGCGCGGUCGAGAAAUGUUCGCAGCGCAGCCUAUCGCUGAACGUCUGCGCGGGCGGACAUCUUUGGCCGCCGCGGGGGGCGCGGCGCGUCGUCCACGCGCCAAGAGUCAGGCGACCCUCGCCGUUGAAAGCUCUGGAGGCCGCGCAAGGCUAGACGAGUGGUGGCGGUGCGGUAAAAUGCCAUUGGGAGCUAGUCAUGGUCGCGACGCGGCUCGGUCGGCGCGCUCUGACGAGACGCGAGCGCGUCGAGGGGCAUCGAGAACGUUGGGAGGAUAUGGCAGCACGGCGAGCUCUGAUUGUGGCCCGACACCGUCCGGAGACGAUCGGUCGGACAUCUCGGACGCAUGGGACCUGUGGGACCACCACAUCCAGUCGAGUUGACGAGUUGACGAGACCAUCAUCGUCUCCCCUCGGAUUUGGCGUGCGCUGUGGUUCAGAUAGAUUGAGAUGAUGCCGCAGAACCACUGUGCGCUGAAUUGACGGUGAUCUUUAUAUUGGCCGUUGUAGACAUGCAACGCCGCGAAGGGGGUGUGCGGUGGACGCUGGUGCGAGUGCGGGCCUAUAGGAGGCGUCUCAUGUCGGUGAGGGUUGUGGUUGGUCUUCUGGUCUCGAGACGCCGCGUCGGGGCCUUGGGCGACUCGACCGUCGGACUCGUGUCUCGGGUGCCUAGCAGGAUGUGUUGGGUGGGGUGUUGUGUUGCGGCAUUUUGUUUCUGGGACACCUCGGUGCCGGAAGCGCAUCGUGGCCAAGGGUUUCGGCGCCGUCGAGGCGCGGUCUUGCUGGCGUCGGGGACGCCGCGGGCUUCUGUUACAUUUGUUGGGGAACGACGGCGGUCAGCGGCGGGCGCGAGGCAUGAUUUCUCGCGAGCGGUCCGUCGUGUUGCGCGGCGCGACGUCGUCGACGCGUUUUGUGGCGAGGGGUGGUGAUGCGGCGGGCGGGGAGGUGUGAUUCCAUCGCGUCGAGGCCGGCGCGACGCUUCGCUGACGACGACAGGUCUGAUUUAGUUGUUGUAACGUGUUUUUGCUUGGUCUCGGAGUGCGUGAGCGGGGUCUCGGAGUGCAUGAAAGCAUGAAGGGGGGCGGCCCGGGGGACGCGUGCCCAGAGGGCGGGCUCAGACGUCCCGGGGGCACAGACAGCGCUGUUUCAGAGCCGUGCGGAGCCGCGCGAAAAUCACGAGCGCGCGCGCCCAAGGGCCUCUUUUAAGCGUUUGCUCGAGAGCAAAAAGAGGAGAACAAACGCCAUCACAACGUGCCGGCAGUGCUGCAAUGAGCGAGACGGCCUCCAUCACACGGGUGCUCACACGUGCGCACGAUCGCGGACAGCUCAAGCGGCUCGCGACCUGGUCGCCCGGGCGGAGGCGCGCAAGGCGCCGGCCGCGCAGACGGAGGCGCUCGCGAUCUUCCUCGCGGCCGAGCCGACCGACGGCGCGGCGCCCGCGGCGCCCAAGAAGCCGCUCGCGCUGAAGCCGCUCCUGACGCCCAAGUCCAAGAAAGCAGCGACGAAGGCGAUGCCCAAGUUCAAGGCCAAGGCCGAGGCGGCCGAGCACGACGCGGUCGACUGGAAGGUCGGGGCGCGGGAGGGUGGCCGCGGUACCCAGGCCUGCUACUUCUCACCCGGUGGCCGCAUGUACAUUUCCGUACCCGACGCCCUAACGCGCAUGGACGAGGGCCCGAGGCUGCCCACGCGCGCCGAGCAGAUCAUGCACUGUUACCCCCACAUCGUCCUCUUACUACCCCGCGUGUCGUUCCUCUCUCCCCAGCGCUCAUAA